AAAAGAAACGAAUGAACAAACAACCAGAGACCAGAGUCACUUGUGGUCAUUUCUUAGUCAGUCAAGAGCGGUUUUGACAAACGUGUAUAUAUGUAUAUUAAUUUGCGACAUUUGUUGUGUUGAUCAGUGCGGAUGCAGUGCAAUUUCUUUGACAUACAUAUAGAACAACGAUAGUAUUCGUCAAGGGAAAGUUGCAAAAAAUUUCAAUUCACUUGAAUCGUAUAAAGUAGUUUGAAUUUAGUAUUAUAUUUAAAUUAAUUGUCUAUAAUAAUGACUGCGAUCAACAAAAAUUUGCAACGUGAAAGAGAGAAGUGUACUUUUCAACCUGAAGAAUUGACUCAUUUUUUGGAUGGUAAUGUUCAAAAAACUAUCGAUCGUCGAGAAACAGAACUUUGAACUACGUUUAUUAUUUAGGAGAUGAAAUUCCGUCACGCGAUAUACGUUUAUGUGUCACAAUCGUGUCAUAAUCACAAGUUACUAAUCUUUACUAUUAAAAUUGCAUGUCAUUUAGAGAACUUUUUUUUAAAGGAUCCAGAGUUACGCAUGAAACUUUCUCCAAAAUAUUUAAGUCACAAAGAAGUAUAUGAGGAUGCUGUAAAAAAAAGUUGUUUGAUUCUCAAAAAAGUUAAAGAGUUUCAAGAUACGGGACGAGGUGGGGACAUCAAUAUUUAUUCCCAAAUUUUGGGAGGAAUGCUCGGAUCAGCAAUUUUAAAAGAUGGAAAUCCCUUAUCGUUACAUUUUGUGAUGUUCAUCCCUACAAUUAUGGGUCAAGGAACUAUUGAACAACAGGCAGAAUGGAUAACUAGAGCAUGGUUUUGUAACAUUAUUGGCACUUAUGCUCAGACAGAAUUAGGACAUGGUACUUUUAUCAGAGGUUUAGAGACAACUUCAACUUAUGACCCUUCAACCCAAGAAUUCAUUCUCAAUAGUCCAACAUUGACUUCUUAUAAAUGGUGGCCUGGUGGCUUGGGUCAUACUGCUAAUUAUGCAGUUGUUGUUGCUCAAUUGUACACAAAAAGUGAAUGCAAAGGAAUUCAUCCGUUUAUUGUUCAAUUGAGAGAUGAAGAAACUCACGAACCUCUUCCAGGAAUAAAAAUUGGAGAAAUUGGGACAAAAUUAGGCAUGAAUGGAACCAACAAUGGUUUUCUUGGUUUCGAUAACUACAGGAUACCAAGAACAAAUAUGUUAAUGAAAAAUUCUAAGAUAUUGGAAGACGGAACUUAUGUAAAAGCCCCAAACUCUAAAUUAACUUAUGGAACCAUGAUGUUUGUUCGGGUCGUUUUAAUUAAAGAUGCCAGUAGAUAUUUGUCUAAAGCAUGUACAAUUGCAAUUAGAUAUAGUGCUGUUCGAAAACAGGGUCAAAUUAAAGCUGAAGGACCUGAAACUCAAAUAAUUGACUAUGUUACGCAACAGUAUAAACUGUUUCCAUCACUAGCAACGUGUUUUGCUUUACUAAUGGCUGCUGAUUAUAUAUGGGAAUUGUACAACAAUGUCAAUGCCGAAUUAGACCAAGGAGAAUUGGAAAGGUUACCUGAGUUGCACGCUCUAUCAUGUUGUUUAAAAGCCGUGGCUACUGCAGACGCAACAGUUGCAGCAGAAAAAUUGCGUAUGUCUUGCGGUGGGCAUGGAUAUAUGGACGCCAGUAAUUUGCCAACAACUUAUGGAUUAUUAACUGCCAUGUGUACUUACGAGGGAGAAAAUACUGUUCUUCUUUUGCAAACAGCGAGAUAUUUAGUAAAGGCAUGGAAACAGGCCGUUAAUCACGAGUCCUUACCUCCCACUGUCAAAUAUCUCGAAGCAGCUGCCCGACGAGGUAAACGAAGACCUUGGAAAAAUACACUUACUUGCAUCAUCAUUGCUCAUCAAGCUGUGGCUGCUGGAAAAAUUCAACUAGCUGUUGAGAAUAUGGAAAGGCGUAUCAAAAGUGGAAUGUCACAGGAAGAUGCUUGGAACGCAACAAGCAUCGAAUUGUCUCAAGCAGCAGAAUCGCAUUGUCGUGUUUUUCUAGUGGAAACUUAUAUCAAUGGUGUCAAGAGGCUGACAUCGGUUUCCAAAAAUCUUCAUCAGGUUUUACUGCAAAUUUGUGAAAUAUAUUCAAUUUACUGGGUUCUUCAAAGAGUUGGAGAUUUCCUGAGAUUUUCCUGUCUCAAUACUCAAGAUGUACCUGUACUUCAAAAACGACUUGAAGAAUUAUUAUCCUUAGUCCGUCCUAACGCCGUCGGUAUUGUUGAUGGAUUUGAUAUUCGUGAUGAAAUUUUAGGUUCCGCUUUAGGCGCUUAUGAUGGAAAUGUGUAUCAACAUCUUUUUGAUGAAGCUAUGAAAAGUCCACUUAAUCAAAAGAGCGUCAACGAAUCAUAUCACAAGUAUUUGAAACCAUUUAUGAAAAGCAAUUUAUAAAUAGAAUACGAUAGAAUAAUAAUAUGAGACGUCAAUUAUAUUUUUAUAGAAAUAUUUUAAUUAGCAAUUUUCUAGGAACUAAAAAUAGACGGGGGAAAAAAAGUAAUGUACCCCUCAAAUUGAAUAUUGAAUCCAAAGAUUGUAAAUUAUAUAGUAUUUGGCGCAAAAUUUAUUUUAAAAUACAUAUUUUGAUUAAAAAUUAUUCAAAAUUAAAUAUGAAAUAUUUAUGGUUCAAUUGUAAAGAAUUUAUUCUUUUUAAAUGAUGUUGUUAUAUAUAGAAAAUUUAUUACAACGUUUGUGUGAUAUCGUGGGACAAUAAUGUAUAGUUGUAGAUAUUGUGUUUAAAAAAUUUAUAAACGCACAAUUUCUAUUUUCUUUUUAUAAUGCCCUUCAAAUGUAUUAAACAUUUUGAAUUUAUAAAUUACUAAGUAAUUAAUUAGUAAAAUAUUAACAUUUUUAAUGAAUAUAUAAUUUGUAAUUUGUAAUUUAAGGAUUGAAAAUUAAAUAAAUAUUAUUUUUAUACGGGUAUGGAAAAAACGCGGAGACUUGGGUGUAAAAUAUAACAUUAUAAUAUUUAAUUAUUUUAGAGUUUUUUAACGCAUUACAUGAGUAACUUUGUAAAAAUGAAACAUUUUUAUACAAGUAUUUGUUUAUGUUUAUGAUAUUAUAUGAGAUUAUUAUUAUCAGUGCUCAAUUUUUUUUACUAUCAAUAAUGUUAAUUUAUGUUGUUUAUUUCAAAUAUAAAUAUAAACUGUCUUUAUAUUAUCAA